AUGAAUAAUUCUCGGCUAUCACCAAUAAUAUCACUCUUAAUAGUCCUCCUCUCCUCCGUGAUAAUCGACACCCACGCCCGGUAUCAUCACACCGAGGUCCUUCCCCGGCGUCACCGUCAUCGGCACCACUCACCCUCAUCCUCCUCCCUUAAUUCGGUCUCCCACCGGCACAAUGCGAAUUCGCAGCAUGAGGGAAAAAAAUCUCCUCCUCUCUACGAGGACACUCUGGCUUACGAGGAGCUCUACGAGGACUCCGAUUAUCCAGAGGACUACGAGUCCUUAGAAGAAGAUUACAAUUACGAAGAUUACGAAGUGAGACCGCGACGUCGCCGGUUCCGGGAUCAUUCGCGGUUCGCGAAUUAUCGCGGUUCAAGGUUGAAUCGUAGGAGAUUUUUUGUCCGCGAGAGGAAUUUCGAGCCGGAUUAUUACGACGAGGAUUAUAAUUAUAACCAUAAUCACAACCAUAAUCAUAAUCGUAAUCGUAAUUUCAAAGUAGAGGAAUUGGAGAUUCCCAGAAGGCACAGAAAAGAUUUCGUAAAGAGGAGGCCUUCUUUUGGUCCAAGAAAGGGUUAUGGGGUGAGGAGACAAACUGGGAGGAAAAUCCCGGAUUAUGACUCUGAAGAGGAGUUUGAAUUUGAUAGGGACCACAAAAAGAAGCACAAUCUAACGGGUAAUAAUAAUAAUAAUAAUAAUAAUGUUAAUUUUGUCCAUGAAAAGGAUAAGGAGGUUGAUAAGGAGGAGGAGGAUAACGAGGAAGAAGAUAUUUGGAAGGAGACUGAUGAGGCCGAUGAUGAAGAGGAAGAAGACGAUGAAGAGGACAAAAGUUUUGAUGAUAAAGAUUUUAUGAAAAUGGAAGACAAUAACUAUUUUUACAAGGGUGCUAAGCGCGAGUAUAGAAAUAUUAAUGUAAAUGGGAGCAGGGGGGUGGUGAGAAAGGAGGUGAGGAGUGUGAGUUCCAGUGAAGAGUUUAGAAAGGAAAAAGGAUUCGAAAAUUCGAGUUUCAGGGAAAAGCCGAUGAAAAUUCGAGUGCGCGAUGAGGAUUACGAUAGGAGGAAUUUACAAUCAGAUACUGGGGUAAGUGGAUUUAUUUCCUUUGGGAUUAUUGAGAGACGGCUCGGGUUACCGAGAGGUCGCGGGUUUUAUGGCCACAGACGAUAUCUUCAGGGUAUUUGGAUUUAUAUAGUUGUGGAGGGAAAGGUGGGACAGGGGUGA